AUGGAACGAAAACAAUUUAAUUUUCCCAGGCCGUUUCGAUUUGGGAAUGGAGAUGAGCUACCUCCGCGGCAACAGUAAAAAUAACGUAGGGACGAAAUAAGCAUCAAGCCUAUAAGCCGAGACAAAGAAGAAGAAGAGUUCGAAGAUCCUCCUCCGCCAGCCCUUACCCCAGCUUUAAAUCCUCGUGAAAAAUACAACAGGAACCCUCCAAAGUCUGCUUUUAAGCCUCCUUAUCCUCCUUUAGCACCUGCCAAUAUAGAAGAGCUAGAAAACAUUGACAAACUAAUGGGAAUGGAUUUGUAAGACAUACAUAAAUAUGGCGAUGCGAAUCAACCUCCCUCUUAACACCUGUAACCAGGCGGAGUCUGGGAGCCUUGUGGAAGGGAGAGCAGCGUUCGGUAUGUGCAUCCGACUGGUAUUACUUGGUCUGGUGGAGCGCAAUGCAGGACUGACAGAUCGCAGGCUCACAUUCAGGGCAAGGUUUUACCCUGAGGAUAAUAGAAAUUGGAAGUUGGAAAGGGAUAGCCCAGCAAGUUCGCUUAGCCAAUAGGGCAUUUUCCUAGUGCGAUGCCCGGAGUUGCGCCCUGGGCUACAAGUUUAAUCUGGAUAGCAUCUACAGAAACUCAUUCUUUGAACUUUUGGAAAAGGCAACCUAUUUGACGUACUGCACGAUCACUCAGCAUAUUAACCUCCCACUAACAAGUGUAAACCCUUGUUCGGAGGGAGCAACACAAGCUGUACGCUGUACAAUCAGAUUGGCAAGCAAGGGGGUGGUGCGAAGCAAGGGGUGAUCCGAAGCAAGAUACGUAAAAAACCAUUAGUGGGCUAGCCGAGAGCUUCUCUAUAAUAAUCUAAUGAAAUGGAAUGGACUUGGAAGACCUUUUACUUCAAGACUCAGCACCUAAACCUACUGCCCCGCCCCCUAAGCCUGAAAGCUACGCCCUCCCAGCUACUUUUAUUGAGAGGGACGAAAACCAAGAAAGAGAAGCCGCUAUAAAAAUGCAAGUCUUGGUCGAUAAAUGUAAAGAAUUUAAAGAAAAAAUUAAAGAAUUAAGGGACAAAAAUUUAGAAAUGGCUAAAGGAAAUUAUGAAAAAGGCCAAGAAUUGGAACAUUUAAAGCUAGAAAAACUUCAGCUGGAAGAAGAAUUGAAAUCCUUACUCCCCCUCCUCCGUGAGAGAACAAAACCAUUAGAAAAAUUCCUUUUUUUUGCCCAAAAACCCACCCUCCGUAAGCAAUUUUUAAUAGAAAAUUUUUCAUGAAAAAGGAUUGAUAUAUAAGUGAUAGUUAGGAUAAUAAAAUCUCGAGCUAAUUCUGUUUAAUUUUAAACAAAUUGCGUUUUAAAACAUAAAUUUUAAAUUAAAUAAAUAUUUGCAUUCCAAUUUUUGUGAAGUGGUAUUUUUUAAAUUUCAACAAAAAAACAUUUACUAUGAAAUUUAUAUAGAUUUUUUUAAAAAAAAUUAACCUCGUCCAUGAACGAACAAAAUUUAUUUGUCCUAUGGAGGGGGAUUAGGGCUUUUGGAUAAAAGAGGAUACCAAGGAGGAGGGCUUGCAAUUAUCAGCAGAAAAGCUUUAGAUGACGACGAAAAUAAGCGAAAACUUGAUAUGAAAAGAGAGUUAAUGAUGGGGAUUGCCUUAGUUGAAGGCGAUUUUGCAGAUUUUUUGGGAAAACAGGAAAGUGAAAAAAAUUGCUGUGAUAAAUUUACAGACCAGAUAAAGUCAUGCUUUUAUAAAGUAGUUGUUUUGAAAGGAGAAAUGAAGAGGAUUGAAGCCAGGUAUGAUAAAAGUAUAAGCGCGUAUUUUUCUUUUUACAAAUUUUUGGUUAACUCCAGCAUUUUUAUUCUAGCAAUUUUUAUGUAUUUGCUGAUAUCACAUAUUUUGUAUUAUAAUGGCAAUUUUUUAGGAACCUGCGGAGGUGGGCCUUGCUUUUUGUUAUAUUCCGCAUUUCCGACUUCUGAAGACAUAUCAUAUUGCCUUUCUUUUAUAUGUUUAAUUGCUGCUACAGUUUGCGCAUCUAUUUUUAAAUGGGUGAGAACUGAUUACAUUAGAAAAAAGCAAGAAAUUUUUGGAGGCAAAGAUAUUAAGCUAAAAAGAUUCGCUGCAAUUGUAUUUAAUAACUGGUCAUGGAAUAUUGACACUGAGACAGACUCAUAUGACCAAUCACAAAAUAUUAGCAAUCAGCUGACAACUGCGCUGAAAGAUGAAGCAAAGCUAAAAGAAGCUGCAAAUAGGUCAGCUGCCCAAAAAACAGCAUUGACUAUAAGAAGGAUCAUAGGAAGCUCGAUAUAUAUUUUGAUAUUAAUCGUGGGAUGGGUACUCAUUAUCCUUAUUUUAGUGUAUGAAAAAGACUUUGUCAACAGCAUUGCACCUACUGGUACUUGGUCACUUGUUGUCGGAUUUAUCCCAAAACUAGGAAUUUCUCUUGCUAAUGUUAAUGCUAUAAGCUGAAUAUUUAAAGUCUCUACUUCCAGAUGCGUGCUGGCACAAGCUAAUAGGGUGGACUUCCACCUCUGGUACCUCUGAGCCCAGACACAAACCCCUAGUUUCUUGGUAGUCCUAUUUGUGUCUGCAGACUUGCCGGGUAAAACCAUGUCCAACUUAAUCCUUUCGACCUUCUAAGGCCAACUGUACCUACCCUGGCCGGUGUCGUCAUUUUAUAGGACCCUUUUUAAUCAGAGGGACCGCUAUGUAUGCGAAUCUAACUUGCCUCACCUUUUUUUAGGUUAUCCAUGAGAAAAAACUCAACCACUUCCGUGGUUCGGGGCAAUCCUUCAAGAGCAGCUUGAGCAGGGAAAUCACCCCUGCCCCAUUUCGGGCACAAAAUUAACUCCCCAAGGAUCAGGUCACAAAUCAGCGGAUCUGUGCUUGCGCCUAUCGCUUAUAGGCUCCUGAUAUUUCUGGGCCGUAUCAUUCCUCCUGAAAAUCAAGCCCUGAUAUGCAUGGUUACCGUCACAUGAGAGGGCGGGUCGACAUCAUCCGCCAUUUUAUGUAUAUAGAAUUUCUCUUAUAAAUGCUGCUUUUCCUAAUCUAACCAUAAAAAUCACUACACUAGAAAAUUGGGACUCUCCUUCAUAUAUCGUAAAGCUGCAAAUUAUCAGAAUUUAUAUAGCGAAAAUCUUAAACGUCGUCGUAUUCGCAGGCUUAAAUCUUGCUUUAGCAACAGAUGCUGUCCUUUUAGAUAUCGGCGAACAAAUUGAAUACGAAACCAAUUAUAAUUGCCGAGAAGACCAAGCUGGUAUUAAUUUAUUACUACUAGUAAUAUCAGAAGCGGUUAUGUCUAAGGUCAUUCCUCUUGUGUUUAUUUUAUUCAAUUUUAUUUUAUCAAAAAUCAGAAAAGUCUCCUCAUGGAAAAAACAAAUUAAAGUGUCUCAGCAGUUAAUUAAUUGCAUUUAUUUCCAAGCUUUAGUAUGGGUGACAUUGCCAUAUUUUCCAUAUGUGGCUGUUUUGACGCCUGUGCUGAUGUUUAUUGAUUUCAAAUUCCAGCAUUGGAAAUUAAAUAAAUUACAAAUUAUGCUUUUUAAAUUAAAUGCGAAGAAAAUAAAAAAAUUAAAAAAAAUAAAAUAUUCAAUAAAAAAAGAAUAAGCCUUUACAGCAAACUCAAGCAAGUGACUUGGUCAUUUUUAUUAUAAGAGUUUAUAAUAUUACGCUGCUAGGGGCUAUAGCUUAUAUAACCUUUUUCCUUACUGCCGAUCUGCCCCACAAGUCUUAUAAUAAUGGAUCAGAUUUAUGUGGGCCUUUUGAAAGCCAUGUAUCAUAAUUAAAAUAUGGCGUCUUCGUCUGGGCAUGGCCCUCCCGGCCAUGCAGCCUCGACACAUAUUUUAAUUAUAUCCGGCAAGGUUUUACCAAUCUAGAAAUGGACAGCAAUGCUAGGUAAGCAAUUCUGGUAAUGUACAGAGCCUAGCCCUCAGUCCAAUUUCAAGGUUGGGUUUUACCUCGAGGGAAAGGAGGGUUUGGAUUUGGAAAGGGCAAGCCCAGCUAACUCUACAGGUAAUACCCAGAGCAAUCGGGCAACUGCCUAGCGUGAAACCGGGCGUUACGUCCCGGGAUCCAGACUUUUCCUUUUUGCCCAAAGGUUGAACAGAAAUUCCAUUUUUUUGGAAUUUUUGAUUGGCCAACCUCGUGACUCAUGCAGCAGCCGCAGAAGUCUAUAGUCCGCCCACUCAAAACUGGACCCGAAAGGGAAGGAGGAGACGUACGAAGCAGAACCCCACACUUCAGAAGUGCCAUGGCGUCAGGCGCUGAAGGAGAAGAAAGACUGUGUCAGAGCUGAAACUCGCCCAGCAAAUCAUUGUCCCAAUUCAAUCAAGGCAAAGCUGAAGACGGCGCAAAGCGGAUGAACCACCCGUAUGGGUAGGUCCUUGGUGACUGCGUAACCAAUAAGGCAGACGCCACCCUGUAAGUUUAAGUUUAAGAAAGUCAUGUAUCAGCAACUACAUCUAUUAUAAAUGCAAUGACUGAUAGAGUGGUACUAAAACAGCUGUGGCUGUAUGCGCUUGGAUACGCCCCAGUUUUCUGGGGACUUGUGGUGAUUGCUAUUGCUAAAAUAUUUUUCUUAAAAAAUCACCUCAAUGUCAUGGUCCAGUAUCAAGAUGACAGAGAAAUGGAGCUUACACAUCAAAUUAUUGAUCUGCAGCGGGCAAAUGCAACACUAAAGAAGAAAGAAAAAUUGAACAAAGAAAUGAUUAAUUAA